AUGGCGGCGGCCCCGGGCGCCGGGGGCCCGGGCGCAGCGGGCGGCGGCGGCGGCGGAGCGCGUGAGGGCGCGCGGGUGGCAGCGCUGUGCCUGCUGUGGUACGCGCUGAGUGCGGGCGGCAAUGUAGUCAACAAGGUGAUCCUGAGCGCCUUCCCGUUCCCCGUGACUGUGUCGCUGUGCCACAUCCUGGCGCUGUGCGCGGGGCUCCCUCCGCUGCUGCGCGCUUGGCGCGUGCCCCCCGCACCGCCCGUCUCGGCCUCUGGGUCCGACCUGCACCCGACUCCUGGCCCGCUGCUGCCGCCGCGCUUCUACCCGCGCUACGUGCUGCCCCUCGCCUUCGGCAAGUACUUCGCGUCUGUGUCGGCGCACGUCAGCAUCUGGAAGGUGCCAGUGUCCUACGCGCACACCGUCAAGGCCACCAUGCCCAUCUGGGUGGUCCUCCUGUCCCGAAUCAUCAUGAAAGAGAAGCAGAGCACAAAGGUGUACUUGUCACUCAUCCCCAUCAUCAGCGGCGUCCUGCUGGCCACUGUCACCGAGUUGUCGUUUGACAUGUGGGGGCUCAUCAGUGCUCUUGCUGCCACACUGUGCUUCUCGCUUCAGAAUAUUUUCUCCAAAAAGGUAUUGAGAGACUCACGGAUCCACCAUCUGCGGCUACUGAACAUCUUGGGCUGCCAUGCUGUUUUCUUUAUGAUCCCCACGUGGGUCCUGGUGGACCUCUCAGCUUUCCUGGUCAGCAGUGACCUGACCUACGUGUCCCAGUGGCCUUGGACACUCCUGCUUCUGGCUAUCAGUGGCUUCUGUAACUUUGCCCAGAACGUCAUCGCCUUCAGCAUCCUCAACCUCAUCAGCCCUCUUAGCUACUCGGUCGCCAACGCCACCAAGAGAAUCAUGGUCAUCACAGUGUCCUUGAUCAUGCUGCGGAACCCAGUCACCAGCACCAAUGUCCUGGGCAUGAUGACGGCCAUCCUGGGGGUCUUCCUGUACAACAAGACCAAGUACGAUGCAAAUCGGCAAGCACAGAAGCACCUCCUCCCCAUCACGACAGGGGACCUGAGCAGUAAGGAGCACCACCGAAGUCCCCUAAAGAAGCCCCACAACGGUGUCCUCUUCCCCCAGCAUGGGGACUAUCAGUAUGGCCGCAACAACACCUUAACAGACCACUUCCAGUACAGCCGGCAGAGCUACCCAAACUCAUAUAGUUUGAACCGCUAUGAUGUGUAGCGUCUAGAGGAUAGGAUGGGCUGUUCUGCAACACCCUCCUCCCAACUCACCCAUCCUCAGCAGUACCAGAAACUUCUGACAACUAGUGAAUGUAAGCCCAGCCGAGGGCACGAGGGCAUGGUGCACAACCAUCAGAGGACCCUGGGGUUUCCAGCCCCUCGGGGCAGCAGGAUGCCCUCCCUGCAGUGAGGACAACUGCCCUCAAGCUCUGGUGUUUCACGCCCUUUUUUCCUGGAGUCUGUCAUCUAAGGGCAGCAGCACCGUAGAGAUUUUAGCCAGGUUUUACGUUUCUGUGUGGACCUUAUCCCCAAGUCAUGUAUUUCAGAGUUCUUGUUCUGCUU